AUGAAUGAAACUUUCUUUUAUUUUAAGAAUUUGAAAAAGAAAGAUGUAGAACAAGAGAGAGAGAUUCAUAUGCUGGCCAACAAAAAAUGUGAGCUCAAGAAAAAAUAUGACUGUGAGCUAAACAAGUGCUCGGAAGAGCAGCAACGUUUGGCAGAUGUCUUCCUCAAGAUAAUGAAAUCUGAAGCUGAUGAUUGUGAAGAUAAUGGUCACGUAUCAGACUCAACAACAACGGCAUCAGGUAACCUAUUUCUUAUUCAACAAGCCAGUAGUGCGUUUACGGGAAUCUAUGUAAUAGAUGUGCUUGCAGGAAGCAUUAAAAAAAAAUAAGUUGUUAAAUGAAAAGGUAAAAGUUGCCAUUAGUCAAAGUGCAGUCAUAUUCAAAUAUUUUUAAAAAAUAAUGUGAUAUUAUAAUUUAACUUUAUUUUUGUUUUUAGAAGGACCAGAGCUGAGUGAUGAUGAGAGAAAACCAAUGAACAGUUUUGCUUUGGCUUCAAAGGUGGAAGGUUCAAGGAAGAGGAAACUAGGACCUAGAGCUACAUUAGGAUAUG